AGAGGUUAUCAGUCGUACAAAACAUAAGAUUUUUAAUCUAUAUGCAUAGUCUACAUAGUCGGCAGAGCUCAGUCUGUUAAGCACUCAAGUAGACACAACAAGUUAAUGUGAUGAUUUUUUCAAAUUAUUUGUUUUUCUGUUUACUACUUGUCGCUUGUUCUGUUGGGGGCAGACUAUUUCGUUUUGACUACGAAUACAAUACAUAUAUUGAUGGUUGGCUCAAACUCCAUGUAAUACCCGCCACCUGGCAUGAUGCUUGGCUCAGAUGCGAUCUUGAAGGUUCAAUUUUGGCUUCCCCAAUAAACCAUCACAUGAAACUUGCAAUGGAUACUUAUUGGAAAACAAAAAACAUUAAUGAGUGCGCCGCCUAUUACACUGGGAUUAGUGCUUUAUUCUCUAAAGGAGAUUUCUUUUCUAUUGACGGCAUAUCUUUGGCUAAAAUGCCAGUGCAGUGGGCACCUGGUGAACCAGACAAUUCCAAUAAUAAUGAAGAUUGUAUAGUCUUAACCAAUGGGUCAAUAGCUGAUAUCAAUUGCUCGGAAAUAUUUCCAUACAUGUGUUUUAAGAAAAAAACAAAGGACAUGAUUAUGACGACAUGUGGAACUGUCGACAAAGAAUAUAAGCUGGAACCUUUAACUGGAAAUUGCUACAAAUUUCACCAAGUAGGGAAAACCUGGACCCGUGCGUUUAUGACCUGUGCAGGUGAAGGGGGUUAUCUCGCUGUGAUCAACAGUCAAAAUGAAGCUCUUCACUUAAAAAAUCUAUACGAUGCGAAUUUUGAUAAAAUUGCUCCCGGCGUAAACAAAGAUGUAAUACAUAUCGGUAUGCAUGAUUGGAACGAACACGGCGUCUGGAGGACCAUUCAUGGAUUGAAGAUCGCAGACGCAGGAUACGCGGAGUGGCAGCAAGGACAACCCGAUAACUCAUCUGGCCAGUUCUGUGGUGCAAUGUUUCGCAACAGUAAAUUGGAUGAUUUCUGGUGUAGUGGCAUCGCUCCAUUUAUAUGUGAAAAAAGUCCAGACAGCCUGCUUGAACCAUAAAACCAUAAAGUUUUUCCUCCAUAUUUUUUAACGAAUAUAUCCUAACAAAUAA